CUGGCUGGUCAUGGUUUUUCUGCACCGUGGACAGCUCCCGUCUCCUGUCUCCGGUCUGCAGAGAAGCGACGCCAAAACACAGCUGGAUGAUAGGAAAAAAAACCCGACUCACAUCCAUCCACAGAUUAACCUCCAGCUCACACCGUCAUCACAAAGUCUUCUUUUCGUCUCUCGGAUGGUUGAGUUGUCUCGUUUAUUCAGCCUGACUGUGGAGUCCAUCUGCGUUUAACUGCAUUGCCUCUGCGUCUUCGGUCCGUUUCCUGUUACUGGCAACCACAACGCUGUAAAAGUGCUUUUUUGGAAGGGGGUGGGGGGGGGGGUGGGGGGGGGGAGGUGGAGUGGAUCGACCUGCUCGAAGUUCCUUUGAUCUGUCCACUUCUGUCCGAUACGUCUAAACGUCGCUGCUCGGCUAACCCUGAUUAUGUUGAGGUGUGGGAUUCCUCUCCGUGCCCGGGAGUGCACGUUACUUUAGGAUGCAGAGGGAACAUGAAGUUGAGUAGUUUCAGUUCCGUCGGUGCAAGCUCAGAUAUGAGAUAGGCGACCUGCAUCUGCAACAUUUGGCUGUGAUCCUCAGAUCAGAGUGGCUCAGGCGAAUUCAUUUUUUUGUGGACAACAGCCAGAUAACAAGAUGAGGUGCCUCUAUGACUUUUUAAAUUGCACGUAAGAGAGAGAAGCCGAGUGGGUAUUUUACCCUGCUGCUGCUGCAGGGAGCGACGUUCUCUUUCUCCAGCUGGCCAAACGAGUUGGGAAUUUGCAUCAGAGAGGAGACCGUGAACUCUGGGGGAAACAAAGAAGACAGAGCGGUCCUCUUUCUCUCCUCCCCUUACAUACAGAAGUACGAUAGAAAAUGAAGAAGUUUCGGAAGGUAUUGGACGGCUUGACCACCUCCUCUCCUGGCGGGACUAUCGGAUCCCCAUCGUGCGGCAGCGCGGCCGGGACUCCCACAGCGACGCCAACGAAGGAAAUCGACGUCCAGGAGACGCUAGUGUCGGAAAACUUUCAGCUGUGUAAGACUGUACGUCAUGGCUUUCCUUACCAGCCCACUGCUUUGGCCUUUGACCCUGUGCAGAAGAUCCUGGCCGUCGGCUCCAGAACAGGCGGCAUACGGAUACUGGGACGACCCGGGGUGGACUGCUACUGUCAGCAUGACAGCGGAGCAGCUGUUCUUCAUCUACAGUUCCUCAUCAAUGAGGGUGCGCUGGUCACAGCCUGUGCAGAUGACACACUUCACUUGUGGAAUCUCCGUCAAAGGCGACCGGCUGUCCUCCAUUCACUUAAAUUCAAUAGAGAGAGGAUCACGUUUUGCCACCUUCCCUUUCAGAGUAAAUGGCUGUAUGUGGGGACCGAGCGUGGAAAUACACACAUCGUCAACAUCGAGUCCUUCAUUUUGUCUGGAUACGUCAUCAUGUGGAACAAGGCCAUAGAACUAUCAACUAAAACUCAUCCAGGACCUGUGGUCCAUUUGAGUGACAGCCCAAAGGAUGAAGGCAAGCUGCUUAUAGGGUUUGAAAGCGGGACAAUUGUACAGUGGGACCUCCGGGGCAAGAAAGCCGACUUCAGAAUCUACUAUGACGAGGCCAUCCAUUCAGUCGGCUGGCAUCAUGAAGGGAAGCAGUUCAUGUGCAGUCACUCAGACGGCAGCCUGUCCAUGUGGAACCUCAGAAACACCACCAGGCCGUUCCAGGUCACCUUCCCUCAUGGAAAGAUACAGAAGGAUGGGAAAAAGGAGUCAUGUAAACCUAUACUCAAAGUGGAGUACAAGACCUCGAGGAACAGCGAGCCUUUUGUUAUCUUCUCUGGGGGUCUUUCAUAUGACAAGGCAGGGCGGCGGCCUACGUUAACCAUAAUGCACGGCAAGGCCAUCACUGUGCUGGAGAUGGACUAUCCUAUUGUGGAGUUCAUGGCACUCUGCGAGACUCCAUACAACAACGAGGUCCAGGAGCCUUACGCAGUGGUGGUGCUUUUGGAGAAGGACUUAAUCGUGGUGGAUCUGACACAGAGCAACUUCCCUGUCUUUGAGAAUCCUUACCCCAUGGACAUCCAUGAGUCUCCAGUUACCUGCACAGCCUAUUUUGCCGACUGUCCGCCCAACAUUAUCCCCAUCCUCUACUCGAUAGGAGCUAAACACAAGAAGACUGGCUACAGCCAAAAGGAGUGGCCAGUCGCCGGAGGAUUGUGGACGUUAGGCUCCCACACCUACCCGGAGAUCAUCGUCACAGGACAUGCUGACGGAUCAAUUAAGUUUUGGGACGCAUCUGCAAUCACACUACAGAUGUUGUACAAGCUGAAGACCUCCAAAGCCUUUGAGAAGCCAAAGCCUGCUGAGGGCAGGGCGGCCGAGUUGGUGGAGGAGGACCCCUUUGCUAUUCAAAUGGUCAGCUGGUGCCCCCAGAGUCGCAUCUUCUGUGUGGUUGGCAUCUCAGCCCACAUCAUCCUGUACCGCUUCAGCAAAUAUGAUGCCAACACUCAGAUAGUGUCACUAGAGGUGCGCCUACAAUAUGAGGCGGAGGAUGUCAUCUCUCCGUCUGAGAAUGAAAACAAUCCCUGCUUCUCGGAGUCCGGCUCCCAAUCACCUCAAACCCACCACCAACACCCGGCUAGCCCCGGCACGCCUGAGGGUAACAAAGACAGCACCCCCUGCAUUAAGGUGAAGGACCGGAUGGUUCGGGUCCCUCCUGGCUACCAGGCAGAGCUGGUCAUCCAGCUGCUGUGGGUAGAUGGAGAACCUCCACAACAGAUCACCAGCCUGGACAUCAACUCUGCCUAUGGCCUUUUGGCGUUUGGGAACUGUAAUGGCCUAGCAGUGGUGGACUACUUGCAGAAAACCAUCCUGUUGUGUAUGUCAACACUGGAUGUGUAUGGAGCUGCCGAUCCGUACCAACGCCUUACCCGCUCCCCCCGCAGGAACAGACAGUCCACCUCAGAGUUUUGCAUGCGCGGCCUGUCUAACUUUUAUUCAGAUUCAAAGAAAAGGAUCCGUACAUCCUAUCAGAGCCUUACCGAACUCUCUGACAACCAGCAGUCCAUCGACAUGGAGAGAAGCAAGUCGCCCACCUCAGUUCAUUACUCAACCUCCCUUCACAAUGACCCACGCAUCCUGCCAGAGCCUGUGGCCAGUCUGAGAGCCAGCCACUGCAGUCCAGUCUUUUACUUGCUGGACAAUGUAAAGGGACCCGGCAGAAAGUUAAGUCUGCCAACAGAUCUUAAGACUGAUCUUGAUCAUGUCAAUGGACAUUGCACUAGCCCCACCUCCCAGCCCAAGCCUCGCGUCCCGAUGGGUCCCGAGGGGCCACGGCUUACCCGCAGAGGCGCUGGCCGACCGCCCUUCCGCAAGGCCCAGUCCGCUGCUUGCAUGGAGAUCUCUUUGCCUGUGUCCCACACUGAAGGUUAUGCAUCCAGGAGGGCAAUGCUUCAGCAGUUACAUGGAGUCAGUAUGUACUCCCACGACGAGCACCACACCACCGCCCCCUACUGCUGGAGUGAGAGAGAGAGCCGUGAAAACUCCUUCAGCCGCUCACGCAGUUCCAGUGUUUCCAGCAUCGACCGGGACACCAAAGAGGCUAUCACCACACUGCAGUUUGGAGAGUCCUUCGGGCGCAAGAGUGACGCCCUGCCCACCCCAUGUCUAUGGGUGGGCACCAGCUUAGGGGUGGUCCUUCUCAUUCCAAUGUCCAUUCCCACCGACAACGAGGAGAGGAUGGAGGAACCUGUGACAAUUGGCCCCAGCGGCAUGGUCCUGAUGCUGAAGGGCUCCGUGUUGCACUUUAGCUUCUUGGACUGUAUGGGAGCGCUCAUUCAGAGCCCCCACGAGGUUUGGCGGGACCUCAACGCCCCCGAAGACCCUGACCGACCGCGGAGGCGCAAGCUGGUCCACUUUUCACCAUCGUCCUCCCAGGACAACUACGGAGAGGGGCAUCUGGCUGUGGUGUGCUCCGAGAAGCAGGCCAAAGUAAUCUUGAUGCCCUCACAGUCUUGCCUCUUUGUCCACAACAUCACCGAGUCGUCCUUUGUACUGCGAGCCGACGUGGUAUCUGUGUGCAACAGUGUGUGCCUGGCCUGCUUCUGUGCUAACGGACAUGUUAUGACACUCAGCUUGCCCAGUCUAAGACCGCUGAUGGAUGUCAAUUACCUGCCUAUGACAGACAUGCGUAUCGCAAGAACCUUUUGCUUCACCAACGGGGGGCAGGCACUAUAUCUCAGCUCCCCGACAGAGAUCCAGAGAAUUACAUACAGCCAGGAGAUGUUUGACAACCUGCAGGAGAUGCUGGGGGAGCUGUUUACACCAAUAGAAACACCGGAAGCCCAGAACAGAGGCUUCCUAAAGGGCUUCUUUGGAGGAAAUUCUCAUAACUUCGACAGAGAGGAGCUCUUUGGUGAGACAUCAGCUGGGAAGGGUUCUCGUAGUCUGGCCCAGCACAUCCCUGGGCAGGCGGGGAUGGAGGGCAUGAAGGUGGCAGCUAGCGGAGUCGUGGGUGACCUGGCACGGGCCCGCAUUGCUCUGGAUGAGAGAGGCCAAAGGCUUGGGGAGCUGGAGGAUCGAACUGCACUAAUGAUGACCAGUGCAGAAACCUUCUCCAAACACGCUCACGGGCUGAUGCUAAAGUGCAAGGACAAGAAGUGGUACCAGUUCUAAUAGCAAAGAGGGCUGAGGCAGCCCUUGGACUGCCAGGAGCUUUUUGCCGGAACAGGGACCUUCACUCUAUAAAUGAGAGCAAUUAAAA